UCACAACAAGUAGAAAUGAAACAUUCCGUGUAAAACUUUCAGUGCGAGAUGAACCGCGAGCGGUUUUAGUCGUCCGGUUCAAAGAGAUAACGCAAAUAAACUAACAACUUUAUCAUAACUUUUUAUGAAACAGUGAGAAUUUAUUCGUGUGGUGAAACAGUAGUUUAUUACCUUGUUAGGGAAACAUGCUUUGUUCGUUUUGCAAAAAAGGAGCUCCGACAUUGGUUACGCAUCAUCUGUGUAACUGUUGCCUGGAGAACCUGCGCUACAGCCCGAAAAGCCCGACGGCAGUGGUUCCCACGGCGGCAGACGACGAUACAACGGCAGGGGUUCGCAUUCAGUGCGACAUUUGCCUCGAAGAGUUCCAGGACGAUCAGCUAGAGCAACAUCAGGAUGUGUGUAUGCCCCGUGUGGCGCUUCGAUGUAACGUUUGCGAGCAGGACUAUCUAACCCAGGAGGGUUUGUGGAACCAUCUGGAUCUACAUGAGAUCACAGACGAUAAAAAGGAGCUGCACUACAAAGAAAGGAGAUCUCAGCAUGUGCUACACAGAUGUGAACUAUGCAACGAUCAGCGAGGAUAUCAGGAAAGUUCCUAUUGGAGACAUGUUCACGAAGAUCACGAUGGUUUCUUUCUACGUUGUUCCGAAUGUGGAGAUUGUUUCCGGUCACGAAAGCUGCGAACCGAGCAUAGCCUCAAACGCUGCCAAGCAAGGGAACAAGCGGUUCCAUCGGACUUUGAACAGCACAAGGUUGUCUCAGGAUUCAACGAAAACAAUUUAUCCGUAAAUAAGCCAGAUAAAAUACCCGAUGCCGAUCCUUUGGAACAGACAGGACUACCUCUUCCGAAUGCUGUUGCUCAGGAAAUCCAGAACGAAAAAGAAAAUGUUCCUUCUGAUGACUCAUCGACUGCUGUAGAAGCGACAAGUCACGGCGACAAUCCCGACCCAAUUACCGAUACUACUUGUCUAACCUGCGGGAAGGACUGCAAAAACCUGUUCAUACUAAACCGCCAUACAGAUACAGUCCAUCGAAAAAUGACGUGCGAGAUCUGCGAUACCGAAUUGGUCGGUUCCAAUCAGUAUCGAUAUCACAAGCUCAGAUACCACUCGGAGCCAUUCUACAAGUGCAACGAAUGCCAAAAGCAAUUCUACCGGCUGGGAACUUUCAGGAGACACAUGGUAUCACAUUCGACUGCCAAGAGGUAUAAGUGCAAUUUGUGUCAUCAGAAGUUCAAAGGUCUGGAAUAUCUCGAAAUGCACAGAAUGCGAAUCCACCGGAUAAUGCCACCUUCCGAUGCGCCAUCCAGCGUUUCUCAAAACCCCGUCGACGGAACUGUGCAGCAGCCUAGGCAAGGCACAGUCGAAGAUACUCUCGGUGUCGUUUGCGACAUAUGCAAACUGCCCUUCGCCAGCAAGGCCGAGCUUAAAGUUCACGAGAACGUCAAGCAUGGCGUACCCCGGUACAAGUGUCCCCAUUGUCCGGAAAUGUUCCGUCAACGUAAAACGUUCGAUAGCCAUCUGGCGAAACAUGUUGGCAUCGAUAAACGCGGAAAGAAGAGAACGAUGAAAGUUGUGGGGAGAACAUUCGCGACCACAAGGUGUGCGGAAUGCAACAAUAAGGACUACCGCACAGCGAAAGGGCUGACGCGCCACGUAGACGCUUGCCACGCGCCCAUGACGUGCCCUAUCUGCGGGGUUGUCAGUUUAGGUCGGGGUAGAAGUCAGUACCAUAAACUGGUUUGCCAUACGGAUCCGACGUAUUUCUGCCCGCACUGUUCGAAAAAGUUCCAUGUAAGAAUGGCUUUAAGGACACAUUUGAGACAGCAUAACGACAUUCGUGAGGAAGACAUCCCAGAUUUCCGGUAUGAGCGGAAGCAGUUCGAUCAAAUGUAUAAACUAAAGGAAACCUCAACAGUGGAACAAGAGACUGAGGAUUCGAAUUCACAAACGGGUGAAGACGAUGAGAAGAUCGUCGAACCCCAAAAAUCUCAAAAGAAACCACGAUCUGCGACAAGCUGUAGGGAAUGCUUCGGUGAAUAUUACAGUAAAAAAGCGUUGAACAAUCACAUCUACUUGCGCCACACGCCCAUAGUGUGCAAAAUCUGCGGCAUCACCAGUUCCGGAACACAGAAAGCUAAUCAUCACGAGAGGACUAAGCAUUCGGACCAACCGCAGCAAUGUCCUCGUUGUCCUCGGAAGUUCCAAGCGAAAUCGGAUCUGUGUCGUCAUUUAGAGAUUCAUACAAGACGGGAAAAGAUCGCGAAUCAACAGAAUAUCAGCAACUCUAAUGAAAUAGAGAUAGGAGAUGUGGCGAAAUCGGAAGCAAUCCACCAUUCUGAUUCCGAAAGAGCUGCGAAUCUCGAAGAACUCGUAUUGGGAUAUCCAGAUCCAGAUCCAGACCAGCAAGACCAAAUUUCUCCUUCCACUGAAGCUAUUGACAAGCAAACGAAUCAGGCAGACACGAUGUAUACCAAAGACGACCAGGAAGAUAGCUGUGAUUCACAAACUGAAAGUUUUUCAGAAGUUGCUGAACAAGAGUCGGAAAACCAAAUGCUGGAAAACCAAGCAGAAAAGCUACCGUGUCAGCACUGUGAUAAAAGCUUCGAUAACAGUCAAUCUCACAUUUUACAUGUGAAGCAAAAUCACACGCUGUGCAAUUGCAAAAUCUGCGGAGCAACCAUCGCCGGGAUGAAUAACCUGAAUUAUCAUGAGUUGAUUUACCAUUCGGAGGCAAAAUUCAAGUGUUCCUACUGCCCGAAGAGUUUCCAUCUAAGUUCGACCCACCGUUAUCACGAGGAUUGGCAUUCGAAGCUCACAACGACCAACCAUGAACCGCCUCCUGACUCGGAAUCGGAAGUGUCCAUACACAACAUUAAAACUGAAUGUCCAUCGAGCCCGCAAGCAGCGGAUGAAUCGAAUUCGUCGUGCAACGAAUCCAUAACCUUCGAAGACUUGCUCAUAAAAAUAGAAAGCACUUCGGAGCAACCGAAUCCUUCGGAGAACUUCGAUGUGGUGGGAGAAAGUUCAAGUCCCAAACCGUCGGGAAAGAAGCCAGCAGAUCGAAACUUUGCCGGGAAGAAACCAUGUACGAUCUGCAAAAAAUGGUUUAAGAAAAGCAUCCUCUCGUCACACAUUAAGUGUACACACGAGCUGUGCAAGUGCGCAGUUUGUGGGGAAGAAGUGACCGGAACAAAUCAACUGAAAUACCAUGAGUUGGUUACCCACGCGGAGCCAAAGUUGGAGUGUUCUUACUGUUCGAAAAAAUUUCACCUACAAGCGUUCCUCAAUCGUCACCUGAAGAAGCAUUUGAAUAUUCCUAUGUACAACCCGGUGUCUCCUCCAAAGCCGAAUUCUGAUCCAGAAUCGGCCGAUGAAGCAUCGUGCAGCGACGAACUGCUAACCGCCAUGAAGGAAAAAACCACUUUACCAAAGCCAAAUCUGGAAAAAUCCGGCAGACGCGUGGCACGUGAGACCUCUGUCGGCAAACGUUCUGAACCAAAACGAUCGAAAAAGAAGUCAUCGCCUAAAAAAUCAGCAGGAGAUUUUUCGUGUCCGCACUGUCCAAAAAGUUUCAAAAUCGAAAGAUCUUUCACGCUACACGUGCGCUACACCCACGAGCUGUACAAGUGCGAUGUUUGCGGCAUAACCCUCGUUGGCUGGAAUCAACUCAAGUAUCACGAGCUCAAAGUCCAUUCCGAACCAAGGUUCAAGUGUUCUUACUGCUCGAAGCAAUUCCACGUAAAGUCCGCCUACACCCGUCACGAAGUGUGGCAUUCGAAGAAAGCUAGGCCAGCCAGUCCAGAUUCCGAUUCAAAUCUGUCGGUACAUGAAAGCGUCGUGGGAAUUAAAAGUGAAAUAGAGGAUGGAACGGUGUAACAGUAUUUGUGUCAGUUUGAGCCGGUCGUUGCAUUUAUAAUAAAUACAAUUUGAAAUCGAUUAA